CCGUCCCGCAGAGAGGACGUGCGGCCGCUCGCGCGAACGAACCUUACGAUUGUCAAAUUCGAAAUAUUAAUAGAUUGAAAUACACUAAGAAAAAAAUAUCCGGGAUAUCUGUGUGUGUGACAGUGGCUACUAUGGAGUGUAUUUAGUGUGUCUAGUGUUGUGUGCGAUUUGGAACACGAAUUUUGCAUAUUUCGUCAAACAUGAAUGACGUCAAGGAGUAAGAGUGUCAAGUGCGACUGUGACACGGCAGUGUCGGCGACAGUGAGUCAGUGAGUGUGAUGGUGUGACAGUGACCGACACAAGAUGGCGAAGCUCUUGACGGUCGCGCUGGCGGUGCUCGGCUGGCAGAUCGCUGCUGCUGAAAGAGACCACGCGUCGGCGCUGGUGGGCAACACGGCGCGCCUGCGCUGCCGCAUCGACGGCAAGUCCUGCGGCGAGAUGCACAGCAUCAAGUGGUACAAGACGGACGCGCGCGUCUACGUCUACUCCGCGUCCAAGGACGCCGCCAUCAACCGCCCGGAGGGGGACAUGAUGAACAGAAUGUCAAUCUCCCACGAGCCGAACGCCACGUUUGCGGAGCUGGUGAUCACCAACGUGCAGCCUGAUGAUGAAGGCGUGUACCGCUGCGAGAUCACUUACCUGCAAGUGGGAGAGGACUGCAACACGGUGCAAGUCACUGACUUCCACACCUACAUAAAACCAAAGUCAGUGGAAGUCAUCACCAGCGACGGUACGGUGAUGUCAGACGGCGGCACGUUCGGCCCGCUGUCGGAGCGGGCGCGGGUCAACCUCACCUGCCUGGUGGUGGGGGGCAAACCCCAACCCAAGGUCACUUGGUACUUCAACGGGAAGGAGAAACUUGAUGCUCAAACGAUCACGGAGCAGGGUCAGGUGAAGCAUGUCCUGCCCCUGACCAUCACCCGCUCGGAGCUUGGCGGAGAGCUGCUGUGCAACGUGUCUUCUGCUGCGCUGGACCGCCCCACUCUGAGGCACGUCAAGCUCGACGUCGAAGUCCCGCCGAACAAGAUCUCCAUCCAGGGCAUGGGCGAGCACGCGACGCAGAGCACGCUGCUAACUCUGAUGUGCACGGUGUCGGGAGCACGGCCGCCGGCCACCGUCGAGUGGUACAACGGCACGAGGAAGCUCACCGCUGCCGACCAGAACAUACAUCUAAGAGAGACGGAAGAGAGCGACACGACGUUCGAGACGGUGUCGAACCUCACGAUCGAGGCGACGCGCUUCGAGAACGGGCGCAAGUUCAUCUGCAAGGCCAUCAACAAGGUGAUGCAGCAGAGCAACGACCACCCCAUACACGCCACGAGGGAACUUGAAGUUUGGUACCCCCCAAUCGUGCACGUGGGUCCGCCAAAUAUCACAGUGAUCGAAGGGUCGAAAAUUCUGCUCAAAAGCGAAUAUGAAAGCAACCCCUCCGCCUUGACUGAAGUCACUUGGUACCGCGACGGCAAGCGCGUGAACGUGAACAGCAGCAACUACCAGGGCGGCACGCCGGACCAGCACUCGCUCAUCAUCGUGGCGGCGCGCGGCGAGGACAUGGGCAACUACACCGUGCUCAUGGCCAACACGGAGGGCAACGGCACCACCAACGACACCGUCAGUGUCAACGUGCUAUUCAAACCGCAAGUCCGUCUAACAAUGAGUUCGCCGAGCCCCGUGCUGGAGAAUGAUCACAAAAAUGUGACCCUCACUUGCGAAGUGGUCACCGGCAACCCUUCGAUACUGGAUGAGGUCAUCUGGUAUCUAGACGGCGAGAUAUUGAAACAUCUUCCUGAAUGUAAUGGAACUGAUGAUAAUCUGUGCAACGAGGUGGACCCCUCGAUGCUGCUGCUGCAAGACACCACGAAGAGCUUCCACGGCAACUACUCGUGCAAGGGCAAGAACUACGCUGGCUGGGGCAACGAGAGUGACAAGACUGAACUGAUUGUCAAUUAUCCCCCUGGUCCAGCCAAAAUGACAUAUUCACCCUGGCGAGUCAUCAAAGGGAAAUCACUCGUUCUCAGUUGUAGUAUUCAAGAGAAGGGCAGACCUGAAGCACACAGGUUUCGAUGGUACCGCGGCAACCGCGUGGUGACAGACAUCGUGUCGCAGAACUGGACCAUCGACCCGGUGACCUUGGACCACCGCACCAACUUCUCGUGCCGGGGCAUCAACACUGGCGGGGAGGGAGAGGCAGCUUUUGUGAAUAUCGACGUUUUAGCUCCACCAAGUUUCAAAUAUGCCAUGAAUCACUACAGCGGGGCUUUGUAUAAAUCUCAGAACAUCUCUCUGUCGUGCACGGUGGAGUGCGCGCCGCUGUGCAGCGUGGACUGGCUGAAGGACGGGCAGGUCAUCGACCCCGACAAGACGGACAAGUACUACGUGGUGGAGCGCAAGAUCGAGCCGCAGGUCAACAGGAACGACUUCGAGGCCACGGAGUCCACACUGCACUGGAACAUGUCGGCGUGGCCGGGCGGGGUGCUGGCGCGCGGCGACUCGGUGCGCUACACGUGCCGCUCGUCCAUCAACGCGGCCGGGCCCGCCGUCAACAGCACCACCACCUUCGCUGUCGAGUAUGAACCUGAAAACAUAACAGUGCAACCGAGAGUGGUGUCCGUCAUACAGAACGAGAUUCCGGCUAAAGUUGUUUGUCACGCUGAAGGAUUUCCAAAACCAAGUUACUCGUGGAAAAGAGAGAACGCGUCAAAGAGCAGCGCGAGAGAGCACAGCAACAACUCGCUCAUACUGUCCUCGUCCAACACGCUGCUGCUGGGUCCCGUGGCGCGCAAGGACGGCGGAAACUACGUCUGCGAGGCGUACAACAGGCACGGCUCCAUCAACACUACUGUUUUCUUGGAUGUGAUGUUCAUCCCUGAAUGUGGCAUAAAGCAAGUCGAGCUGGAUGGGCAGCCGCAUCUUCUGUGCACAGCCACUGCCAAUCCUUCUGAAGUGUCGUUCACGUGGAAGCUAAAGAAUGACAACGACAGUCUGACGACGGAGGAGAUCUGGCAGGACGGCGCGCAGAGCUACCUGCGCCUGAGCUCCAGCGUGGACGUGUACCGCACCUACCUGUGCUACGCCAACAACAGCGUGGGCAAGUCGCGCGAGUGCGAGAGAGAUGUCAUAGGUAAUAAAGUGUGGUGGCGUGACCGCCAGAAGCUCCUGCUCAUCGGUGGCAUCGCCCUGGCAGUGCUGGUGGUGACGGUGAUCCUGUGCAUCAUCAUCAUCUGCAUCUGCCGGCGCAUGCGGGCCAAAUCUAAAUACAAUAACCCAGUUGAAUUGGAGGAGCGAGAAAAUCCGGAUGGUAGCUGUCUAAAUGAAGUGUCUAUAGCUCAAUCCAUAAUAUCGCAAGCUUUACCUGCUUUAUCGCCUCGCAUUAACUUAUCAUUCAGCCCAAAAUCCUCGGAUAGAACUAGACUCGUCGAUUCACAAAGCUACCCACAUAGUUUAGAAAUGACACUGAAAGAAAAAUCUGCAAGUAAUUUACAAGUGAGCUUAACGCAGUUAGAAAGUACUAUUAAUAGUAAUAGAAGUACUCAAAACGAAAAUAUUGCACAGACACCAAAUGCUCAACCAAAAAAUGAUUGUAAUAAUAUACAAACUGUAGUGACACCAAGCAAAUGGCCUUUGAAGCCCGGUGUGUUAGUGCACAUUAAUUCUAAUCAUACACUUAGUCCAAAGAAUCAAGCAAGAUUACAAAAUAGACCACAAAAUAAUAAUGAAGAAGAAAGCAAUCUAGGAUUGCUUGAAAGAAAUAGAAAUAUUGAAGAACCAAAAGCAUCACCUAAAAUUGAGUAUUCUAAAAAAAAUGGAAAGCCUAAGAAACAUCAGAAAAGCGUGACUGGUAUUUUGAAAAACCUGAGACGUAAAAGUGACUCAUCAGAUGAUAGUAAUGGUAAAUAUAAGAAAAUCAAUAAAUCUAAUGAAAGAGCUGUGUCACUUGUGACGUUGAGCAAAAGCUAUGGACCGAGGAAAAGACUUAGGUCUUUUUUCCAAAGUGAAGCUCCAAACGUUAUUGUCACUGAAGGAGUUGUGUCGUUUAAAAGACCUGACAGAAUAAACGCAGGAAAUGCUCAUAUUGGAUCAAGUAAGGAUCACUCACAAAAUACAAGGAAGAGAAAGAAACCAGGUGACAGCCCACCUACGAAUGGCGUAGAUAAUGCAGCGAACGGCAACCUUGGAGCGGACAAUCCCGGUCUCUACGAGAACCUUCCGUUCCACGGUUUACAACAACCCCCUAAUAAGCCCGUGCAAGCGAUACAACCUAGGAUAGUAGAGACUAACCAAAAAGCAUCUAAAGGCAUUGACGUUUUACAAAAACAGUUGACGACAAAUCCAUCGUUCACUCCAAGAAUUGUAUGUCCGCCUUUUGUACAAAACGCUAUAAGCUAUCCAAUGCAUUCUUCAAGUUCACAAUAUCCAACAUAUGGAAUAUCAGUACUGUCACCAAUACAGCAAAUGUACCCUUUGCACCAAACGGUGCUUCUUAAUCCUUACUUACCGCCAAUGCAAGCGUCAUUUCUCAAACAAUUUCCAACUAUCGAUGAAGAAAUAGUAGAACCAGAUCCAAGAAAAUUUAGUUCGUUGAAUACUAGAAACUCUAAAUCAAAACCGCCAAAAUUUCAAUCUAUGAGAAUAGUGAGGAAAAGAAAUAUUGAAAGAUUUUAUCCUAAUACAGAAUAUGGUGAAAAUUUCACUGAAAUCAAUAACAACAAGAAUACCUCAGAUUCUGACAAUGAUAAAAUUGAACCAGAGGAUAACAUUUAUGAGAACUAUCCAUCACUGCUGAAUUUCAAAUCAAACAUUAGUGGUGUUGAAGAAUUUGUUAACUUGACUGACUCUAUUCAAGUUUGCGAAGAGAGUAAUGAUCAAAUCAAUGUUUCAACCACAUCAUUGAAUAGACCAGUUCCCGCUCCAAGAACUAAAUUAUCUCCAAUGGCUUCAUCGACCAAAACUGAUCACGUUUACGUAAACUUAUCAAUGCCAUUAAUAAACACUGGUUAUCUCAAAGCAUUUGAUACGGUGGAUGCACCAGUGAGACCAUCAAAGUCUGAAGAGAAUGUAUCUAAUAGUGCCCAAAGAAACGAAAACAAGAAUGUGUUAACAGUACCAAAGAGGACAACGAGUUUAAAGAAUAUUAGUAUUGAACAAUCUGACAGUGAAAAUGAAAAUAUCACAAAUGAAGAGAGAGAGACGACUAAACCAAAUAUAAUCGGUGCUACACCUAAAAGAUCAACUCCUAUUACUUUACCGUCGACCUCACUAGUUAAAUCAGUGAUUAACCAACUAAAUGAUCACGGAAAAAACCGUGCAAAUUUACCAAAAAAACAAGUAAUAAUACCAAAACCUUUACAAAUACCAAAAUUAAAAGAAAAACCUGUACCAAAAAAAACUGUUAUACAACGCAGUAAUUCCGUACAAAUAAGUUUACCUAAUGAUAGUGAAACUACUCAGAAUACUAAUAUACUACAGCAGCAAUAUCUUCAAAAAAGAAAUCACUUUACUAAUAUAAGUUCUAAAGGGAAGAAUAAGAAAAACUUUCAAAUACCACUACAAAAGCAUCACAGUUUCUGUUAUUUCCAACCAAUAAGAGUAGACAAAAGAAUUCCAGUUGACCAAGAAAGGUCCUACAACAACACGAUAGGUCCAAUGAUAUAUCAACCACCAGAAACACAGUACUAUACAAAAACUUUAAACAGGACGAGGGACAAGAACAGUCAAAAAUUGAAUCGAUUGAAAAAAUCAGAAAGUUUAAGAGAAAAACUAUCUUGCGUAGGCGUAUACGAAAAUUAUGAGAAACCAAACUACCCAGAACCAGAAUACAACGAAUCAGAAAGAAAGUCCUACUUGCAACUACUAAAAGGGAACUACAUAUCAAAUUCAACAAGAAAUUUAGGCCCAGAGCAUAAUUAUAAUACAAAUUUUAAUACAAUGGGCACGAAAGAUGAACGGCCUAAACAUAAAAAGUUAGUGUACGCAGAUUUAGCGUUAGGUAAUCAUAAUUUAAAAUUUAAGAACACAGUCAAUUCCAAUAGACAUUUAUACGACACGUAUACUAUAGGAAGUGAUAGUACUAAAGAAAGUAAUUCUAGUUAUAAAAAUAACGUAUCAAGUAGCCAAAGAAAAAGUAGUCAACAGAGAAGCGACUACGCGACUCUCAAGUUCAAUGAAAUAGAUGUUUAGAGGCUUUUAGACCUGACGACCAGUUCAUCUACGCCGACGCUGACCUCAAGGAUUACGGGCCAAUCAACUACAAGGCAGCCUCCAUAUAUGCAAAGAUGAAAAAAGUAAAAAACCAACAGAAACUUCAAGAAAUAUAUGAAA